AUGGCAAAAGAUGGUCGCUCUAUGUGUAUGAUUUCAUAUUUUAUGCCCCAAAAACUGCUUGAUGAUAUCAAAUCUUACCACAUCGACUCUCAAAUUAAGCCCCUACUCCCGCAUGAGAACCAAUCCAUUAUCGAUCCUCCUCCAGGCUACGUGGGUGUUUACACCAACUUCUUUAGAUCUGGUCUUCACCUUCCUACUUUUGAUUUUCUAAAUUCCGUCCUGAGUCACUACAAGCUUCAUAUUGCUCAAAUUGCCCCUAAUGGAUUCAAGAAGAUUAUGUGUUUUAUGCUUCUAAACAAAGCCCUGAAUAUCGUUCCAUCCCUAUCAGUGUUUCGCCACUUUUUUGUAACGAUGGUGACCAAUGACUUGGUUGAAGAUGCCCAUGUUCGUGAAUAUGACUAUGCCCUUGAGCUUACCCAUCAAGAACGUUCUGCCAUUGAUCGUCUUGUGGCAAAUUUCAUUAAGUGGGCCAAAUUUGACGUUUCAACCCUUGAACUUGCUGGAUUAGGCGAUGCCACUUACGUCAACGAUAGCCUCCCUACCCCUGUGCUCCAUGGUCAAGGGUGUUCCAUGACGAUUCGAUCGAUGUCAAUCCCAAUUUGGAAUCCAAGUCGAGCAUCUAGUUUCUCGUUCAAGACGAGUAAUCAUUCCAGUGUAUCUUCCCCCAAAAAUCCUGAUACAGUUCGUCAUUCUAAACUUGCCACUCCUUCGAAUACGGAUGGUGAUAGUGACGGCGUAACCCUAGGUGAUUCUACAGAAAAUGUUGACUGCUCAACUCUAGAGGCCACUAUUGAGUCGUCCAGGCUACAUGAAUGCCCCGUUUAUUCUGACCCGAAGUUAACCGCCACAAUUGAAGCUACCACAGAAUCCAUUAUUCUUAUCACUCUUAUUUUUGUUGUCAAACCCAUCCAACAGGUUCUUCUAACUACUCCGAAUCCAACCACAAAUGUUUUUUUGUCCAUUGACUCUCAAGUAAGAGUCUUAGUGUCGCCUACUUCCGAGAUCCUUCCUAUGAUGUCUCUUCUUAAGAAUGGUGUGUCCAAGCAAGAUUUUCGAGAGAAGUUAUUUGGCAUCUGUCCCCCGAUACCUACUACCACUAUCAUGACUCCUCUUGUUGUAUUUGAACCAGUCUCCAGAGCUCCUGUUGUCUCUAUUGCUAAUACCAUGGUUGUUGAGGCUUUAAUAUCUUCGGCUGAUAACACAGCUCUCGACACUCCCUCCUAA